AUGGACGACAAUAAAGAUAACGCCAACCCCGUCAUCCUCAAUGCAUCGGAUCUGCCCACCCGCCAUGGGGAAUCGCUGUUGAAGAAGGCCGACGACCCCAUCGGCAUCUAUCUUGGAGGCCUAUUGUCCGCCACCCAACCGAUUGACGAUCCAUUCGAUGAAGCCCUCAGUGCUUCGGAGUCGGAAAGCGACCGCGAUUUCGACGAGGAGAUUGACGCGCAGGAAAUCUAUGAUCUCAUUGCUCCCAUAUCCGACCCGGAACACCCUCUCUCGCUCGGAUCGUUGGCCGUCGUCAAUCUUCCGGACAUCCACAUCUCGCGCCCGUCCUCCGCUCGAUCCCGCAUCAGCACCGUGGUUAUCGAUAUCACCCCGACCAUCACCCACUGCAGUCUUGCCACCGUGAUCGGCUUGGGCGUCCGGGUUCGCUUGGAACAGGCGCUGCCGCCGCGAUUCAGAAUCGAUGUUCGGAUCAAGGAAGGGACGCACAGCACCGGCGACGCGGUGACAAAGCAGCUCGGAGAUAAAGAGAGAGUCGCGGCGGCUUUGGAGAAUAACACCCUGAGGGGCGUCAUCCGAAGGAUGCUCUCGACAUGCGAAUAG